AUGAAUAAGGUGGAGUACAUCUGCAAAAUGCAAUUAGAGCGGUAAGGAGGUAACAAUACGCGACAAACGAAUCAUGCUCGGAUUCAGGGCUGUAAAGGUCUUGUUUAAACCUCGGCACCCUAACCAAAACGAACUUGACGGGGGUCGUGGAAUUGAAUUUGCUUCUCCUUCUCGUGCAUAUGAAGGAGACUCGGCUUCAGAACGACGACGACGUCACACACAACUCUUGGCCCACAAACUUCAAGGCCUUAGGCCUAGGAUUGAAUAUCAGACAGGCAAUAAAGAGCUGCACUCUAAUAUCCCUUAUAAGCGGAGUUUCUUUACGAAAGGUGGCGACUUCUUAUUUGCCUCCGGCACUUAA